CCUUUUCCUGUUAGCUGGAUUAAGUGGAAGGUGGAAGAUUCGGUGCUUGUUCUCUUUCGUGGAGCUAAGGCUAAAUCGGCGACUUGCACCAAUAUAAUUAUCCCAUCCAGCUCCAGUAUUUAUAACACAAACAGUAAACAUGACUACUAAAGCAGAACUCGCUUGCGUUUACUCAACUUUGAUUCUCGUCGAUGAUGAUGUCGCUGUGACGGGAGAAAAGAUUCAAACUAUUUUGAAAGCAGCCAAUGUUGAUGUUGAAUCCUACUGGCCUGGACUUUUUGCAAAGGCUUUAGAAGGAGUCAACAUCAAGGAGCUUAUUACAAAUAUUGGAUCUGGAGUUGGAGCUGCAUCAGCAGCAGCACCAGCAGCAGCAGCUGCAGCACCUGCUGCUGCAGAAAGUGCACCAGCCAAGGAAGAAAAGAAGAAGGAGGAACCCGAAGAGGAAUCCGACGAAGACAUGGGCUUCGGUUUAUUCGACUAAGCCCGAGGACCAUAAUCUAUUGUAUUUAUACAAUGAAUAAAAUAUUUUUAAGCUAAA